AUGAUUUUUUUUGGAUCCGCUCUUUUACCUGUGGACAUAUUGCUACAAACAUUGUUAAACCAAUAUUUCGCAUCAUCUGACUGUAUUGCUUUCAUAUCUGACGAUUCGAUUCAAUUUAACUACAAUAAAACUUUUGUUUAUAUAAAGCCGGAAGAAGAAAAUUUUACUCUUUUAUUGUUACAAGUUUCGGAGAUGGGGUGUAUGGAUUACAUAGUAAAAGUGAAUGAACCGCAAAAGUUCAUGAUUGCCUUCGAAAAAAUUGCUCAUUUUACGAAUACGAGAAAAAGCGAUAGAAAAAUUAUAUUUUUACAGGACUAUCAUCAAAAGGACGUAAAGAAUAAUUUAUUAGAAGUUUUCAAAUUAAAAGAGUCCUCGUUUUUUGCAAAUAUUCUUAUUAUCGCGCCUUCCCGUAACGAGACUAGUUCUUGCGAAUAUUACGAUUUAAUAACUCAUAAGUUUGUGGGUUUAUCUAAUCAUGAUCAGCCGCUUUAUUUAGAUCAAUGGAAUUCAUGCACAAAAAAGUUUUAUCAUAACGAAAAUUUGUUUCCUCAUUCUAUGACCAACAUGUAUGGAAAGGUUGUCAAAGUUUCAUGUUUUACCUACAAGCCCUACGUUCUUUUAGAUUUGAAUCCUUUACUUGUGCCGUCGGGUCGAGAUGGAAUAGAAAUCAGAAUUGUGGAUGAAUUUUGCCGUUGGAUAAAUUGUACUGUCGAAAUAGUACGCGAUGACAAACAUCUAUGGGGCGAAAUAUACUCAUACGAGAACCUGACUGGUGUUGGUGUUAUUGGAAGUUUGGUGAAAGAUCGUGCUGAUCUCGGAAUUACGGCUCUUUAUUCAUGGUACGAAGAGUAUUUGGCGUUAGAUUUGUCAGCACCAUUUGUUAGAACAGCCGUAACAUGCAUCGCGCCUGCACCAAGGUUGCUAGCAAGUUGGGAAACGCCAUUCUUACCAUUCAGUUUCUAUAUGUGGAUUGCGAUUAUUUUCACAUUUAUCUAUGCCUCAGUUGCACUUAUCAUAGCGCAAGGAUGCUGUGCAAAAAACGUUUUUUUGACUACAUUUGGUAUGAUGAUAUCGCAGUCACAGAACGACGCUGGUAAAUCAUGGAGAAUUCGUAGCAUCACCGGGUGGAUGCUCAUAGGUGGCUUAGUUUUAGACAAUGCAUACGGUGGUGGUUUAGCGUCAACUUUCACGGUACCAAAGUAUGAAAAAUCAAUUGACACAGUUCAGGACAUUGUUGAUAGAAAAAUAGAAUGGGGGGCAACUCAUGAUGCUUGGAUAUUUUCAUUAACUCUUUCCCAAGAGCCCUUAAUGAAGCAGUUGGUCAGCCAAUUCAAAACGUAUUCAUUUGAUGAGUUGGAGCGUAAGAGUUUUGAUCGAAGCAUGGCAUAUAGUAUAGAGAAACUUCCUGCAGGUUACUAUGCGAUUGGCGAUUAUAUAACAGAAAAAGCUGUUUUGGAUUUUAUGAUCAUGUUAGAGGACUUCUAUUUUGAGCAGUGCGUUAUUAUGUUACGUAAAAGUUCUGCCUAUACGAACAAAAUAAAUCAGCUGAUAGGACGACUUCACGAAUCUGGACUUUUGCUUGCAUGGGAAAGACAGGUCGCAUUACAACAUCUAAAUUACAAGAUCCAACUAGAAGUAAAGUUGUCUCGAUCUAAAAAAGAUGUUGACAAAAUAGAGCCGCUGGCCGUACGGCAUUUUUUAGGAGUAUUCAUAUUGUUUGGGACAGGGGUUCUUAUAUCUUUUAUGGUUUUAAUUUCGGAAAUAAUCACGCAUAAAAAACCAAAUCAAAACAUCAAUCCAUUGUAG